UGCGGGAGCCGCAAUCGCCGGUGGCCGCCCCGCUCCGCCGCCCAGGAUGUGGUGGUGGGACGAGAGGGUGUCGGCUCGGUUCCGGAGGAACCUGCAGCCCACCCUCACCUAUUGGAGCGUCUUCUUCAGCUUCGGCCUCUGCAUCGCCUUCCUGGGGCCCACGCUGCUGGACCUGCGCUGCCAGACCCAGAGCUCCCUCUCCCAGAUCACCUGGGUCUUCUUCUCCCAGCAGUUCUGCCUCCUGCUCGGCAGCUGCCUCGGAGGGCUCUUCAAGAGGACGUUGGCACAGUCCUUGUUUGCACUCUUUGCCUCAUCGCUGGCAAUCUCCUUGGUCUUUGCCAUCAUCCCUCUGUGCCACAAUGUGGUGGUCCUGGCUGUGGUCAUGGCUGUGGCAGGACUGGCCAUGGGUUGCAUCGACACCAUCUCCAACAUGCAGCUGGUGAAGAUCUACCAGAAGGACUCAGCCAUCUUCCUGCAGGCCCUUCAUUUCUUCGUGGGCUUUGGAGCACUGCUAAGCCCACUGAUAGCUGACCCCUUCCUCUCGGACACCAACUGCAUCCUCUCAAACUCCACGGCCAACACCUCCAGCAACCUCCCUCACAUCCGCAAGUCCCUGGUGCCGCACCAUCCAGGCAACCUGUCUCACUACGACCUGCCCAUGAAAGGCAUGGUGGUGACACGUGUCUCCUACGCCUUCUGGAUCAUGGCCUUCAUCAACCUGCCAGUCCCCAUCGCCGUGUUUUUCUUGCUCUACAAGGAGAGGAUGGUGCCCUGCUUCAACGGCAGCAGCCACCCGCUGCUCUCGGCCGACGAGCUGGCCAUGGAGACACGACCUGGGGAGAAGGACGAUCUCUCCACCACUGUGCAGAGACCCCAGGCAGCAGGAGGUCAUGAUGACUUAUUUAGCUGCUGCCAAAGCAAAAACUUCAGAGGGGCUUCUUACACCUACUUCGCAGUCCACAUCACUGGGGCUCUUGUUCUCUUCAUGACUGAUGGGAUUGUGGGCGAGUACUCGGGCUUCGUGUACAGCUACGCGGUGGAGGAGCCCCUCUCGGUGGUACACAAAGUGGCCGGGUACCUGCCCAGCCUCUUCUGGGGCUUCAUCACGUUGGGCAGGCUCAUCUCCAUCCCCAUCUCCUACCGCAUGAAGCCGGCCACGAUGGUCUUCAUCAACGUGGUUGGAGUCCUCAUCACCUUCCUCCUGCUCCUGAUUUUCUCCUACAGCGUUGUCUUCUUGUUCGUGGGGACGGCGUCGCUGGGGCUGUUCCUCAGCAGCACGUUCCCCAGCAUGUUGGCCUACACUGAGGACAUCCUGCAGUACAGAGGCUGUGCCACAACCGUGUUAGUGACUGGAGCUGGAAUUGGAGAGAUGGUCCUACAGUUACUGGUGGGGUCGAUCAUACAUGAUCGGGGCAGCUACAGUUUCCUGGUCUGCGGGAUGAUCUUUGGAGGCUUGGCCUUUACCUUCUACGCUUUCCUCGUGUUUUUCCACAGGAUGUACCCCAAGCCCUCGUCAGAUCUGGACGACGCCUCGCCUGACAAACCAGCAAUAACGGAUGACACGGGGCAGUACCAGCGCUGAGGGAGCAACCAAGCCCUAGAGAAGCAAUAAAAACACCACACAAUUAAGCAUCUUACUCUUAAGGAUGAUUUCACACUUCAAUGACUGAAUCAUGCAAGUUUUCUGCAAUCAAAAGCACACUCGAUUGGGUAAGUCGGAAUCAAGAAAACAUCCUAGAACAUUGCGUCGAGCCAAGCACAAGCUGCCCAUCUCACAUCUUACCAAAAAACACCAGUGUCAGUGUCAGCCUGAUGCUGCAGGACACAGCAGGGGUGACAGGGGACAGUCACUCCUGCAAACGAACAUUUUUUACCAAUUCAGGAUGGAGGGAGGGGAAGGAAAAGGUUCUCUCUGUUCCACACACAAGACUGACUGUCUCCUGGCAUAGCCAGUGAACUCAAUAGAUUUUUUAUUUUUUUUUCUUUUGGCCUGUAAUGGACAGAAGCCCCUACAAUUCCCAGCACAGUUCUGGAUUUGGAUUCAUUUUUGUGCAAUGCUGACUCGAGGAUCUGUCACCUCCACGGAUACUUCCAAAGGGGAAAAAAAUUAUCCAAUGGGUGGAACCCACCAGGCACACAGUGGUAGCAGGACCUAUCGAUAUUUGCACAGUUAAUUCCUGUAUAUUACACAGUAUCAGACAUGGUCACUAAGACAGUGUCUUAUUCAGCAUGCUAAGCCUUCUUGAUUAUUAAAAUCAUUAGCUUUUUUUAUUUUUUUUUCUUUUAAGUCAAGAAUGAGUUGUGCUGGUUUGUUUUGCUUUAGGUCACUAGUUGAGCUGCUCCAGUCUCAGUGUCUUUUAGGGUGGGUUUUUUUUAUUACUAGCUUCCAGUUGAAGCUGAAACCAGAGGUAUUUGGGAGCCAGCCUCCAGCUGCUUAAUCUGUGCAAUACUUAUUAUACCAGGUGCCUUCUGAAAGGUACUCUCAUACCCCACGCAUGACCCAAGCGCAAGCGAUGGAGAAGGGACUGGCUUUAGACAAGCAUAAAGCUACAAAACAUCCCUUUCUUCAGUGAGUGAUUGGACAUCAUGUACUUUUUGCUUUAACUGCUGUAUGUGGAUGUACAUAUGUACCUGUGUAUAUAAAGCAGUGUUUAAUUAAAGGUGAUUGAUUGCUACAUUCUCA